UACCCGCGUUUAAAGCUCGGGUUACAAAAAACCGACUCCCAGCAUCCCAAAUUUCUUAGCGGGAAACUUCGCCGCCGUCCUCAUGGGCCCCACCGCCAAGCUCUUCCGCCGCCACGUCCUCCGCCGGAACCGCCGCCGCCCUCUCUCCCCCGCUCUCGCCAUUCAAAACCCUAAUCGUCUCCCUCCUCUCCAUUCUCCCGUCCUCUUAGGCGGCCAUCGACCAUCGAGAAACCCAAACCCUAGCAAUCUCUCGCCAUUCCGAUCCUUCUCUUGGAUCCCCUGGUCCCGAUCCCAGAAACCCGAUACAGGAUCCGAAACCGCGUCGGAGUUCAGUCCGACCGGCGGAUCCGAUACCUCACCGGUGAAGGAACCGCCGGAGUUAGGUUUUGGUGGUUCGGAGGUCCUCCAGGGUGACGAGCUAAAGAGCGCUGAUACGGGGUCUGGUCUGAGCUGGGUUACUGGAUCCGAUAGUGGACUCGAGGUGCCCAGCGACUCGAGUCUGGAUAGGUCUUGGUAUUCCCCGUUUCAGGAUUCGUUGAUUUGGAUGAUGGACGGAGUUCAUGAUCUCACCGGCAUCCCAUGGUGGUUGGUGAUCUCUGGGUCGACUUUGGCAUUUAGGGCGUGUCUGUUUCCUUGGCUUGUUCUUCAGCUCAAGAAAAUGGACAAGUUCGCGGAGUUCAUGCCAAAAUUGCCUCCUCCACUGCCACCACCUCUAUCAGGAAGAAGCUACCGAGAACAAUAUUCACUCUUCCAAAAACGAAGACGAGAACUUGGUUGCCCGUCAUAUUUGUGGAGUUUUGCAUUCUUUACCGUCCAGUUUCCAUGCUUUUUGUUAGGGAUGACUAGCAUUCGGAGGAUGUGCCUGGACCAUCACCCAGGGUUAGAUAGUGGUGGCACUCUGUGGUUCCAAGAUCUGACUGCUUUUCCUCAAGGUCUUCUGAGUCCUACUUUCCCUCUCUUGAUUGCAGGUCUGCAUUAUGUCAAUGUUCAGAUUUCUUUUCAAAAUAUUAAAGCUGCGGCGUUGCCCGGAAUUCUUGGCUUAUUGGCGAAGUAUUACAAGUUAUAUCUGGACAUCCUGGCUAUCCCAUUAUGUGUUAUUGGAUUUUAUAUUCCCCAGGGAAGCCUAAUCUACUGGGCAACUAACAAUUCGUUCACCCUUAUUCAGCAAUUAUCUCUAAAAAAUCCAUACAUUCGCAAUAAGUUGGGAUUGGCCCCUGAAAGAAUCCUAAAGAAAAGGAUACCAGCCAAAGAUGUUAUGCUUGAGAAUGGCAAUAUUUUGGAGCACGUUGUUCCUGCAGAAAGCAAUAUUUUGCAGCGCGAUAUUCCAGCAGAAACUGUGUCUCCUGAGAAGUUGCUUGAUGUCUCUCUUGAAUAUUUAGCUGCAGGCCAUCAAGAUAAAGCUCUUCCUUUAUUAAGGAUAGCAAUCGAGAAAGACCCUGAGCUGGUAAGAGCUUUGGUUGCCAUGGGACAGAUUCUGUGCUCUAGAAAGUCAUUUGAAGAAGCAGCUGAAUGUUUUGAACGUGCAAUUUCAAAGAUUCAACUUGAGGAAGAGAAUACUCUGCUGGUUCUUGCAACUUUUGGUGCUGGUGUUUCACGUAUAUGGCAGGGAAGGAAACCAGAGGGGAUAGAGCACUUGAAAAGAAUUGCUGAUCUGAAGGUUCCAGAUGCUCCUAUGGACAAAGCAAUGUACUACAAAGGUUUGGUGAUGCUAGGAAGCACCCUUUUCGGAGAUGGUGAGAAGUUGGAAGCUGCCAAAUACUUGAAAAUAGCAGCAACUUAUGAUCCUGGUGUUAAUGCAUACCUUAAAGAAUGUGAAGAGGGAUAAGAAAAAAGAGUACAAUUCAUCUACUUCUGCCGUUGAGAGGUUUUAUUUAUACCUGGAAGGACAGCUUGUGAUGGAAAAUUUUGAGUUCAAUCGGUGUGCAUAAGAUGUUUUCUCUGAUCGAACCUUCAGUUUUGUUUCACUUGCAUUUAUGAUCAUUGAUAGAAAAAUUGUAUGAUAAUUAUUUAAGAGAGAUGUUGUCGCUUGCUGUAAUAAUGCACACAGGCCUUUGAAGUUUGGAGGUCUAUUUUCUGUACUGUACUAAUAAAAAUGUACGAAAAAGCGUAUGAAAAAAACGUACAAUGACAAUUUUGGAGAGAUCAUGCA